GAGAAUGGCAUGCUGAUCACUGGAAACUGUGCAUUUAUAUCAGGAACUGCAGCCCCAGAACAGAUCGGAGUUUGAGAUCAUACUAAAGCAAUUAUUAUACGAGCUCCCAUUGAAAAUCCCGGAGCCUUUCAUUCGUCAUCCUUGAUAGCUUACCUUCUAUAAAGCCGUACUAUACCCUUCCAAACGCGCCAAGAUGGUUACCGGAGCUUGUGGAUGUAGGAACGUCACCUACACAAUCGACGGAGAUGAAUCCGCCAUGAAACCCGGCGCAUGCCACUGCCUAUCCUGCCGCCGCCUCUCCGGCAGCACGCACACCACCAUGCUAGGCAUCCCGCAGGCCCAAUUCAAAGUCACCGGUACCCCGAAGCAAUGGCAGCGCAAAGGCGACUCGGGGGGCACCGUCACGGUGAACUUCUGCGCGGAGUGCGGGCACCAUUUGUUCUCCGAGGCGGAGAAUAUUCCGGGGUUGGUCCUCGUGGUGGCGGGGUCUAUCGACGAUGCGAAGUGGUUGGAUGCGAGGGCACCGUUCAUGGAGGUGUAUGCGAAGGAUAAGGUGCAGUGGGUGCCGCAGUUGAGCGAGGUGGUGAAAAAGGUGGUGUGA